AUGGAGGUGGAGGCCAUGGUGGUGGUCAUGGAGGCGGCGGCCAUGGUGGUGGUCAUGGAGGCGGCGGCCAUGGUGGUGGUCAUGGAGGCGGCGGCCAUGGUGGUCAUGGAGGGUGGUGGCCAUGGAGGAGGCCACGGAGGAGGUGGUGGCCAUGGAGGAGGCCGCGGCCAUGGAGGAGGCCACGGAGGAGGUGGUCACGGAGGAGGUGGCCAUGGAGGAGGCGGACACCAUGGUUGA